AAGCUGGCUCGCUCACAGACAGUGUCGCGAUGGAAGCCUCGUCUGCCAUGGCCGCCAGAUCUUUCCUCUCACCGCCUCCGACCCUCCGCCGCCCACUCGGGCAGCCGGAGCCCUUCUCCCCUCCCUCCGUAAAGCUCCGUGCCAGAAGCUCUCAGCCUCUAUUCUUCUCGAACAUCCGGACUCCCGCUCCGGUAGUGGGUUCCAAGAGGGGCCGGCUCGUCGCCCGAUGCGCCGUCGACGGCGUCGUGACUACGGAAGUUGAUGCUCCUAUCGAGAAAAGGUUUCCGCCUUUCCCGGCCGUAAUGGACAUAAAUCAGAUCCGAAGUAUUUUGCCUCAUCGGUUUCCAUUUCUAUUGGUUGAUAGAGUGAUCGAAUACACACCCGGAGUUACGGCUGUUGGUAUCAAGAAUGUUACAAUCAACGAUAACUUCUUCCCUGGACACUUCCCCGACCGCCCUAUAAUGCCUGGUGUUCUCAUGGUCGAGGCAAUGGCCCAGGUAGGUGGCCUGGUCAUGUUGCAGCCUGAAGUGGGUGGCUCUCGUGAAAAUUUCUUCUUUGCUGGAAUUGACAAAGUAAGAUUCCGGAAGCCUGUGAUUGCAGGGGACACCUUGGUAAUGAGAAUGACCCUGGUCAAGCUGCAAAAACGCUUCGGAAUUGCGAAAAUGGAAGGGAAGGCAUAUGUUGGUGGUGAAGUUGUCUGCGAGGGCGAAUUUCUAAUGGCUACAGGUUCUGGAAGCGAGUGAUUUCCCCACACAAACUGAUUCCCCGAUGCAUCUUGCCCAGGAUGAGAGGAUCACUGGAUCAAAAGUCAUUCUGUUUUUGUUUCUUUGAGUUGUUCAUUUAGAACUACCUGCAUAUUUAACUUGUGUGGUACCUUCAUUUUCUGAAAUAAUCUGUGCACGAAGAGUUGAGGGAUGACUGAAAAUUCUGUAGAAUCUUUUUUGAAAUAUAAAUUGUUCGAUAUCA